GCGAAAAGAGCAAAAAUGUCUGACUUUGUUUAUUCCUGCAAUUAUUUUUUAAAUUGAUGAAUAUUUGAUAUGCCAUAGAAUAUGCUUACGUGACUAACAAUAAGAAAGGUGUUCAAUGAGCUGUAAACGCGAUAGCUGGUUAGCAUCAGGUUAGCAUUGGAGGCGUGUGAAGGUUGCCUAGCGACCAGCAGCGACAUGUAAAAGCUAAACUGAUCAGCUUCUCAUCAAAAAAUAUACUCGAAAGUUUAGUUUGUGUUUAAUUUAAGUAAUUAAAACGGUGCCUUUUGAAGCAGCUGUCAACAUGAGACUAGAUUUAUUAAAAUCUUCGGCAAAAAGCAAGUUUAGUUUAGAAAAUGCUAACUAGCUAGCUUAAGCCUUAAGCCCACAGUGACAUCAACAUUUGGAGGAAAUAGAAGAACUUUAUAAAACAAAAUCCUGCAUUUAAGAUUUCACCUGACCGACCCUGUUGCAUGGACAGAGAGGAGCCAGAUUAUCAGGGGGCACCAGACUGUCACCUGUGACUCUCAGCAGCCGUCCAGACUGGAACUGCUCUCAUCUGCCUUUAACAGCAACCAACAGGCCAAAACUGAGGCACCAGCAAUUUAGCAGCAACAGCCAGCUCCCGGGGCAGCAGACGUGUUUGGGGCCGGGCUUGGGUAGCGCUUCUCCUUCAGAUGGCGUUCUGCCUCGCCGAGCUGCACCUGUGGUCCACCAAGAACUCUCUCCACGUCAAAGAUACAGAUAUUGGCACCUAUCAGUACUACGAAAAAGGCGAGCCAGCCGCCCCCCCACACCUUCAUUACUAUGACGACAAACUCCAGUUCGCUCUAGCCCGAGGACAUCCGUGGACCCCCAGGAACCGCAGACCAGAGAAGCUGCAUGAUUCGCUGAAGGAGUUGGAGGAGCUGCUGCAGACCGACACCUGCAUUCACACCAGAUGGAGAAACAAACAGAGCUGUCAGCUGAUGCUGAGCAGUGGAGUGCUGGUGACCAUGACCCUGAAUGGACAGCAGCUGGAACAAUUGUGUGUCGACAGAACUCUAGUCAGCCGGCUGCCUGCCAGCACCGUGACUGAUGCGCUGCUGACUGACCGGCUGAUUCUGCUGUCCUUUCUGGAGGGGAGCCAAGCGGCUGCAGUCUUCCUGAACAAAAAGAACCAGGAUUCCCCGGAGGCUGGCAGGCGAACAGACAAACUCUCACCCUCUGAAAUCAAGCUGGUGUCUGUGGAAGUGGGGGGCCAAAAGCUUCACCGACGUGUGGCGCUCAACCGUCUGCAAGAUGUGGCGCUCUGCUGGUGGAGUCAGUCUGCUGAGGACACGUGGACCUCAGAUGUCCUCCGGCCGAACCUGGUCCUGAUCUGCUGCUCCGCUCCUGAAGGCCUGCAGGUCCUGAGCUCAGUCCAAACUGAAGGCCUCCUUCUGGACUGCCGCUUCAGCCAGUUGCAGCAUUACCAGGUGCUGACCGUGGAGGUGCCUGCAGGACCUCAGGGACUCACAGAUGGCUUCUGCGUGGACUCCUGCAUGUACGAAUGCAGACGGGGACGCAUGCACCGCCUCUCCGCCACCCGCAUCCCGCUGCCGUCUCCUCCCGUCUCCUGCUCUCGUCACCCAUCGGGCACCGCAGUUGUCCUGGGCCUGAAGGACUCCAACUUAGUCCUUUAUGACCACAGGCAAGGGGUCUCGCUCCUGGGAUCCUGCAUGUUCCAGCCCACGCUCCUGGCCUGGCACCCUGCUGGAGCGAUGGUCGUGGUGGCCACGGAACAGCAAGAGUUGAUGUGCUUUGAUGCGGGGUUGGCACCUCUAAAAAUGGCGCUGGUCGCAGAGGACGUCACCCCAGCGGCCACAUUACGGCUGACUCAGCACAUGAGCUGCUCUGGAGGCCUGCAGGGGCUGCAGUGGGCGAUCGGCCUGGAUGGAGAUCUGGGAGGAGCAGACAUGCUGAUGUUGGUCUUUGAGGGAGGACCACUGGCAACCUUGAAAUUCAAACUAGGCGCUCUGACGGGGGGACAUCUGGGCCCAGGUGAGCUGCUUCAGCAGCGGCUGAGGUGCAGCCAGGUGAAAGAGGCGGUGGGCAUCCUGCAGGCCAUGGACUGGAGCACCAUGGGGGAUGAGUGCUACCGAGGGCUGAGCUCAGUCACCAACCACCUGCUAAAGCUGCAGCUGAGCGCAGAGCGGGAAGCCCUGCUGGAGGCAGCUCUGAGUGUCUUUUACGCCCCUCCUGCCCCCCUCCCCGACACAGUGAUGCUGGAGUACCAGGAGCCAGUCAGCAAAUACGCCCGCCGCUUCUUCCACCACCUCCUAAGGCAUCAGCGCUUUGAAAAGGCCUUCCUGUUGGCUGUAGAUCUACAGGACAGAGGUUUAUUCAUGGACCUCCAUUAUGUCGCCGGCGAUAAGGGUGAGGUGGUGCUCGCAGACGUGGCCAAGAGGAAAGCUCAUGAAAUCGAGGCCGCGGCCGUCGCAGGAGACGAGGUCAUCUUGAGGAGCAGAAGCAUCCCGUCUGGUCUCAGCGAUGGGCGAACAGAGAGGAAUCUGACCGUCACAGAACCCUCAUCCAAACCACGCAUCGAUGGAAGAACCAAUCAGAGGAGGACGCUGUCAGAGGGUCUUCACAUGACCAUCAGCCCAGACAUGCUCAGGACUCUAAAGCAAACAGGAAGCGUUGGACGCCACGCAGACGGCGAGAACGAGGAUGAAGAUCCCGAAAUGCUGCAUGUGGUUCAUUUAGGAAUGGUUUAAGAGAAAAACGUUGGCCUUAAUGAACUCCAAAGGAAAGCUGGAGGUACCACUGCAUACGACUGAGCUGGUUAAUGGAUAUUUAUGUCCAAACUUUGCUGAAAUGUUUCUUUGUGAAAGGAUCCAAAAGGCCUCCUCUGCACAGGCUCAGGUGUGAAUAUGAAUCAAAGCUUCAUUUUUCUUACCUGUCACAGUUUAUCUGUGAAUUUCCCUGGAUGUGAAUUCAGCUUCAUGACAGCUGAACAGAACGAGCCUCAAAGGAAGCGGUUCCACCUGCUUCUGCCGUUAAGAUGCUGACAGAAAAGCCCGCAGACCUGCCAUUAAUCAGCCUGAUUUCUAUUAUGCCGCUAUUGGAUGCUGCAAGGCUUCCUCUGCACGCACGUGCACGGCAUGUGCGUGCACGCUGGCCGAGAUUACGAGCCACGGUUUUAUUCAUGAACAGGAGCCAACCAGCGACUUUAAAGCACCGAGCGGAGCCCCUUUCCUGAACAGCAGCCAUCACCAUGUCAGAGCUGUCGACGCUCACCGACUAAUCUGACAGCGCCGCACGAGCCCUAAUCCCUGACUGUAUCCUAAUCUAUUUACUUUGCAUUCUAAGAGGAUUUCCACCACAAAAUAUACAAGAAGCAACGCUGGAAAUGGACAGCAGAUCAGCGAGGAUGCUUUCCUGCUCUUUUUUUGUGGUUGUUGUUGUUUUGAUAGCUUUAAAAAAAAAAUCAUUGUGUGUUUUUUGGGCAGUCAAUCCUCUGCGAGAGGACGGCUGAAAGGAAUUACAUUUCAGACUGAUACUAAUGCUUCUCUUAUGCAUACAUCAGAACGCUGUAUUUGCAGGCGAUGAUACAGUCACAGCAGAGACAGCUCCAGAUAAGUGGCAUCUCUUGACACGUUCAUAAUUUCCAAACCAAGACUGCAUCAUCUCCUGAUUGUUUGAAUUGACAGCUCCAAGAAAAGCAUCAGAAAUUGCCCAAAAGGUAAGAGCGGGUGCCUCCCAGAUGCCCCGAUCAGUCGCCUUUUAAUCAGGAGCGAGCUCAUAAUGCAGUUUCACAACACACCAAACAAAGUGUGAGACAGAGCGCCUGUUUCUCUCCCCCUUUCAGCAAUUAUGCUGCUUUGUGAAGCACAAACGCUUCAUUUAAAACAGCCAGCAGCUUUGUUCAACAACUGCAAUCUCUGCCAUCCGAGAUCAGGCUUAUUAGUGGCAUUAACAGGCUGCGCGAGGCGCUGGAGCCGCCGAACGGCCUUGUUAACAUUUUGGAAAUGAGUCGAGCCUCCAGCACUCAUCAUUAUCCAGGUUGUCUGCCGUUUUCCAACCUCGGUGCAACAACUGUGCAGACUUUCAGCGGCCUGAUUGGACCGCCGCUUCUGCCACAGAGGAGCCAAGAUUCCCACCUUUGUCUCUGAUCUGCAUAAAGCAAACCCUUCAGACCUGACGGAAAUGAAUCAGGACUGUCUCAGACUUUAAACUCUGUAAGAACAGUCUUUCAGGUGGGUCUAAUUCCCCUGAGAGAGUCCUGAAAACGUGGAGAUUCUCCCUGAUAUCUUCCUCAGGAUUUAACUGUGACAAGAAAAGCAUCCUCCUGUCUGUAAAUGAGUCCCUUUUUCCAAAAGGCUGAAAUGAAAGCAAAUUAUCAAAAAUUUGCUGAGUGAAUUGAUUUGUUUUUUUAAUAAUUCCGGUUUCAGAAGAGCAUCAGAAGUCCUUCAUGAUGCUCUUAUUCUGAUGUCUGCAGGGUUUGAGCGUCGAUCUAUAGGUUUUCAGUGUUUUAUGCACAGAGUUCUGCUUCAUUCGUUCCCCCUGAAGUUUGAGUUGCCCUCUAAGUCAGUCAAUGAAAUCAAUGUCAGCUCCUCUUUUACCUGCAGAUUUCCUCUUACUUUCUUCUUUUUUUUGUCCAGUGAUGUGAAAAAAUAGGAUCAGAGCCUGAAUGAAACAGUCUGAUGUCAACAAUAUCUUCAAGAACAGGGAAAGUUAAGGAAUGUCCAAAGAACGACAACAUUUUUAGCCUUUUUUACUAUUUCUAAUCUUUUUACAUCACAAAAUCAGAUUCAGGAGAAACUGAAACGUAAAAGUGCCAAAAUUUAACUUAAAAAUAAGUCUAAUUCAUCAAAAAAAUAAUGAUCUCAAAAAUGAGAAAAAGAAUCUAGCUGCUCUCACGACACGUCACUGCAUUAACAGGUGGGAAAGUAUCUGUAGAGGUAGAUUUUUUCAUAGAUGCGGACAUUUAUUCAAGUUUUAUUUUCAAAAAUGUCUUGAGAGGGUUUGGGUUUAGAUCAAAUUCAGUCACAGAGAGACGACCACUGUGGCUGUAAACGUUGAAGCCUGCAGGCCGAGUGUCCAUCAGGAUCUCCCAGAUCUGGAGAGUAAUGAGGUUAGAAGACAAGUCAGGACGAGGCUCUGCUGCAUCCUUUCUGAAUGACAUCACUCCCCACAAAUGCCUCCUAAUCCUCGUUACACAACUAACACUCAAGUGAGGAUGUCGUCGGGACAGGUUAUGUGAGUGACAAACCGCAGACUGAGCUGCUGCAGCCGCCGCCGCUCCAGUCUUGUCUGUUUUCCCAUCAGACGAGGAAGGAAAGGAGGAAGGAAAUGUGGGAAGAAGUUGUUAACUGAACCUCCGACCUCAUACAAGCUUUGUUCACAAGAGAAGAACCUCAGCAGAGCUGGAAUCAGCUCGUUUAGAGAUCGGCUGUCAUCUGUGAUGAAGGUUUCGGUAGAAAAUGCUGCUGCAGUCCUCACUAAAACAGGAAACAGCUGAAUGGGAGCAUCUCUGAUUUGUGCUUUACAGUAAUCUGUCAAAAUAUGAAAUGAUACUUUUUUUUCUUUGGAGGUUUUCAUGAAAAAUCAAAGGUGUUGAUGAUGGAUCAAUCCAAUCAGUCAUAGUUUUACUGUUUUCAUUUGUUACCAGGUAAAGAGUUGUUAAAAGCCGCACACACAAAAAAACCCUGAUCCAUGUCAAGUCUAUGUAGUCAUGGUCAAUGGAUAAGCUAUCCAAGGCUUUAAACUUAGCAUUUCUGCUUUUAUUUUGAAAAUACCAAUAAAAUGACACGGAUGCUGUUCUCCAUAAAUUUUGAAAGGAUGACAUACCUGGGAUAUUUUGCUGUUUCUCGUUUACCUUCUUGAACUAUUUUGACAUACAUCAAGAAAAAAAAAGUAAAUGUUGAAUAACUUUUAAAUUAAAGACUCUCCCCGAUGAAAAUCAUUUUUUUGGUGUUUUUUAAAUGUUAUUAUGGAUUUUUUAAUGAUGGAAGACAUCUAUAUAGAAAAAUUAAAGUUGAAAAUCCA